GAGCAUUAGAUAGCCACACCUUAAGAGUGGGGACAGCCUUGGUGGAAAUGUACCCAUUUGGAAGAGGUUGGCGCCAACACAACAAGCAAAGAUAAGAAAUCUCCUUCUUUUGCCUUCUGUAUCUCUGGUCCAGUGGGUGCCAUGCCAUGGACAACUCUUCCCAAAUACCUGGAGAUGCCUGUCUUUAUCUACCAAUGAAUACCAACAGCACCAUGCAGUGCCAACCACAGGGGCUGCACCCUGCCGUUCCAACAUUGUUGGGCGUCCUCUCAACCGGUGGUUUGGUCUUCAACAGCUUCAGUUUGUGGAUCUUCUGGUUCACCAUCAAACGCUGGAAUUCCAGCAUCAUGCUCCAGUUCAACCUUGCACUGGCUGACGCCGUUAUAAUCCCAGUCACCCCUUUGACAGUGGCCUAUUUCUGUUUGGGCCAUUGGCCCUUUGGUGAGUUUCUUUGCCAGCUUCAGGUCUUCUUACUCAGCACCCACCUCUAUGGAAGCAUCUACUUUUUGAUGCUCAUCAGCGUCCACAGGUACCAAGCCAUUGUCCAUUACAAUGCCAAGACCCUCUGGAGAAGGAAGUCCUUCUUAAAGAAACUCAUCUUGGUCUUCUGGAUUUUACUCUUCCUACAAGGGUUUCCGACUUUCGUUUUCCUCAAAACAUCCAUCGUUGACAAUAAGGUGAUGUGUCUGAGCAUCUACCAGGAGGAACUCUCUGACCUUUACCUGGCCUAUAGCAUUGUCCUAGGGACCCUUUGCUUUCUUUUCCCCUUUGGCAUCUCCUUGAUCUCUUACGUGAUGCUGGGGGCCACCAUUGCCAACAUCAGCCAAGCCAAUCUCCGCGGCAGGGUCAUGAAGGCCAAGUCCAUACAGAUGAUCACCAUCGCCUUGGUCAUCUUUGCGGUCUGCUUCACUCCUCUCCACAUUUGUGGCUCUACGGCUGCCAUUGUGCGAUAUUAUGACAUGUCUUGCGAGAUCCUUCACUACGUGGAAGUUGCCUAUUACUUGUCCGUGGUGCUCAGCAUGGUCAACUGUUGCCUGGACCCUUUCCUCUACAAUGCAGCCAAUGAGAAGUUCCACAAGUUCUUCUUCAAGUCCCUGGGACGAUUGCUGUUCUCUAAGUGAGAAGACUGUCUUUGGAGAAAGCUAGCAGGGAUUUUGCUCAGCUCUACCCAAAAUGAUGAGGGUCUUACAGGGACUGGACUCAAUUUGCAAGAAGAUGUAAAAUCCUUCCAGAGCUCUACUAGAAAAGGCUCAGAAAAGCAACCCAUGUCAAGAAAUGCUGCAUUCCUGGAGAAGAUCAGAGGUGUAGUUCCUGGGAAAACAAACUGAGGACAUUGUCCCUGCAAAGAAGAAUCCUGCUUCGCCACCCCAACAUGAAAUGUUACUUCUGUCUCCACAUUUCUAGCACUGCAGUAACUUUACAACUUUGCCUCAACCUUUAUGUUCAAAAUCUAUAUUUACACACACGUCGGUUGGUGUUGGGUGCCAAUGUGUGACUGGGAGAUCUGCAGCAACAAUGCAAAGGAUUCCCUUAUCUCAGUCAAUGGAGAUCACAACCGGCAGAUAAUCUUAUAUGGGUUGUAGCUCCAACGAGUCGAAAUGAGGACACUGACCUUCCAAAUAAGAAUCCUCCAAAUUUCAAACAUUGCAGUAACUCUAAACCUUUCGCUGAGGUUUUAGAAAUACUGUCCUCCUAAAUGAAAUUAUUCAUCAGUCCUCCAAAUUUCUCCCAUGUCAGGGAACUAGACACUGAAAAACCAUUCACCGCUAAGCUAUUUGCUAUGUUCACAUUCCCUUGGUCACUUGGCCUGCCCUUUAUUUGGAGGUCAAAAGCAUAUUUCAUUUCAGAUGAUGUAUGGCCCAUUCAGUACCAAACUUGGAGUAUACUUUCCUUAUAAUGAAUUAAAAUAGCUAAAUGGUGCUGGAUUAUCAGUUGCUUCCGUUGCAAUGGACAAAGAGAGCUAUUAUUUUCAUGUUAAUCAUUUACCGAAUUAAGUGCUUCUCAUCGACUCGUGACCUGCUGCCUGGAUCAUUGCAAAUGUAAUGGCAAACCAUGCUUUUGCCAUUAUGAGAACAAGUCAGUGCGCAAGUCUCCCGAGUUAUAAGUUUCCCCUCCGUCUUUCUCCAGAAAUAAAAGGAGGAGAUGAGAAGACUCCAGAUCUGGUUUACUCAUAAUAAUGAUUGCAAUCCUGUUGGAGCGUUGCACCUUUGGAAGCGUAUUUAUGCCUGCAGGAAUUACAAGUGUGUAAUUCCCACAAUUGUAAUUGUAAUUCCCACAAUUGUAAUUCCCACAGUUGUGUCUGCAUAUCCAGUCCAGUACGGCUGUGUCUGUGUAUCCAGCAGAGGCUUGUUGUUAUAUGACUCUGAAAGAGAGCCAGCAAAGUUCACGAUGCACAUUGCUGCUCGGUGCAUAACAGACCAAUGUGCAUUGCAUUGCCCCAGCUCUAACAAUUUACCUUUUAAAUAGGUCACCAAUCCUCCCUCUACCAUUUAACAUUUUAAAAAUCCCCUUUUUUGGAAAAGCAGAAGUAGACCUCUAGUAACUUUGAGUUUUUUAAAAGUUAGUUUUUGGUAGUCUGUUUGGCACCUGAGCAAAAAAGUGGCCCCAGGACCUGCUAUCCAUCCCUGAUCUAAUAUAAACCUGGAUUGGGAUUCACACACACACACACACACACACACACACACACACACACACACAUAUCACUGGAAGGAGGGAUAUUUGACCACUCCUUAAUCCCAGCCCUAUCCCUACCAUUAGGUAGACUGAGGUUGCUUCGGGCAGCAGAUACUUGAAGGUGGCAGAGAGGGGUUGGGGAGGUUAUUGCACCAUCUGACUUUCCUAAAGCUAGCCAGAUGCCUUCAGACAUAGUGGUGGACACCAUCCCAUUCUGGGCACUGAAGAAAGAUUCUCCCGCCACCUAAAUUCUCAUUUUUACCAAGGCUUUCUCUUUCGCCAGCAGUUUAAGGAACUGAUGAUUCCUGCAGGCAUUGCAAAAGCUACAUGUGGCAUAGCAAGUUCCACCUUGGAGGAGGAUUGUUUCGCUUCCUGCCAUUUGAUGCUCGGAGAUCAUCUCCAAAGCAGUCCCCUGGAGAACAGGCAGUCUGUAGGCACCGGCAAUUCACAAACAGGAGACAGAGAGCCACACAGCAGAAGACAACCAAAGGAGAGGUCCCUUGUGUUGCUUCAACAAGUGAGGAAAUUGGAAAUCCUUAAAUAUUUCUACCACUUACUUUCUUUUCCUGCUCUUUGUCACACUUCUGCACAGCUCUUCUGUCCCGAUUUGGAGCCACCAAUCUUCAUCUCCCA